AUGGAUCAUUAUGAGGCGGGAGAUGAUCCGGGGGUGACAUUUUGUAUUGGACAUCAUGAGCCAAAUCGAUCCCUGACAGUGACCGCUGACCAUGUCAUUCGGGCACAUGAAAGCAACUAUGACAUGCUCACUGUGCCUAUCACAACGACGCACUUUCACUCCAGGGUCCUGAGUCUUCUCUCCUCCUACCUAUCGGAUUUGGAGUCGCCGAAAUCGGACCGGCUAGGAACCAUGGCCACAUCGCAGAAUACUCGACCCUUGGUCAUCCCACCAUUGACUAAGCUUGACUCGAGGUUGACUCCGAAUGAGGCAAUCAGUCAAUUAGUUGGCGUCACAAGCAGCUGGAUUGACUUGUGCUCACCAGAUCCCCUUAUUGCAGAUCUGUCCCGUCAGGUUUUCAUGCUUGAAGUCGCAUAUGCCGCAUUCUGCGGUAUUGGCUAUUUGUUGAUACCAAGUCCCAAGUUGCACCACGGGAACUUGCAUUCCGAAGGGGUCGUUUAUUAUGCUCGUGCUGUACAGGAUGCCUUGAGUCUUGGUCCAUAUAUCCAAUUCCAUAUUUGGCUAAAGAUGGUUGACAAUCCUGAGAUGGAGGUUGACACCAUGGGUGAUUUGGCACCUUUUGCUCGACAAGAGUACCUCCAGCCGGAACCCAGCAGCUCAACGAAAAUUGACCCCUUUGGAACCUGGGACGCGUGGGAUUUGGUCAGGAAGACCUGCAAAUAUCAUAGUCGUUUGCUUGUCGCUUUGUCGAUGCCCAAACAACUGCCCGCUUUGUGUGUUCAGUCACGUUGGCAUUCUGAGCCGGUUCAUUUGCUCACCAUCGAUGCUUCCUCAUUCUUGAAAAAUCCGAAAGGGUAUCCUGUGCUUUCCAAAGCCCACCAGGCCUUCAUUGCACGGCUUAUGCGUUUGCGCACCCCUCCAUGGAUCAUUUUAUGCAAUGUUGGGCCGGUCCCAGGCUUGGAUGAACCAGAAGAAUCCGAAGGAGCUCAAUCGCAACUGUCUCCCUCCGAAUACCCUAGUCUCAAAGCGUCCAAAAAGCAUCACGAUCCCACUCCGCAUCUGUCUUACAUUCGAAACCUGCAAGAGCGCCAACCGCCACGCACUCCAAUUGAGAGAUUUGGAACCGGGUAUCAGGACUACCUUCAGGCCCCUUUACAGCCAUUGACUGUUAACUUGGAGAGCAUCACGUACGAAGUUUUUGAGAAAGAUCCCAUCAAGUACGAGUGGUACGAGCGUGCCAUCACCAAGGCUCUCAAAGAUUGGGCGGAUCAGAAGAAGCCCACCUCCCACCCGGAUGGGAAGGUUAUCGUUGCGGUUGUUGGUGCAGGACGCGGCCCUCUUGUAACCCGAGCGCUGAAGGCCAGCGCAGCGGCUGGAGUGGAAAUUGAUCUGUGGGCAGUUGAGAAAAACCAAAAUGCCUUUGUUCUACUACAACGACACAACGAGAACCUUUGGGAUGGUAAAGUGACCCUUGUUCAGUCCGACAUGCGGAGCUGGAAAGGCCCUCGAGUUUCAAGGCUAGCGACGACAACGACGGAGACCCAGCAGGCAGGUGAUGAGUCACAAGGUGCAGGCAACGCUGCAUCUGAGACAUCAGCAAGUCCCAGCGGCUUAUCUGAUGGUGUGUACACGCACGUUGAUAUCGUUGUUUCGGAACUGCUUGGAUCGUUUGCAGAUAAUGAGCUCUCUCCCGAAUGUCUGGACGGUAUCAAUGAUCUGAUCCACCCUGCGCACGGAAUUUCAAUCCCUGCAUCCUAUUCGGCCCACCUGACGCCGAUUUCUGCUCCAAAGCUACACAGCGAUAUUGUGAACCAGACGGUCUCCAAUCCCGCCGCGCCUGAGACACCGUAUGUCGUGAUGCUCCACGCCAUCGACUUCCUGUCUACUGCAGAGUCGACUACGAACACCGAACCCUUGAACCAGCACUCCUCAAGUCGUGCCUCUGGAACAUCUUCACCAACUCCCGCUACGGAGUUUCCCACUCCAUUUGUUCAAACCGCUUGGACUUUCUCGCACCCCAAUCGAAACAUUCCCCCACCGUCGCAAACAUCAUCCACCGUCUCGAAUGCGCACAAUGUGCGUCAAACUCGUCUCUCUUUCCCCACACAGAACCGCGGAGUCUGCCACGGUAUCGCCGGGUAUUUUGAGACUGUCCUGUACGGGGAUGUCGAGCUCUCGACCAAUCCUGUGACUAUGGACGCCAAAAGUGCUACUAUGAUCAGCUGGUUCCCAAUUUAUUUCCCUCUGAAGACUCCUCUCAAUGUCCCUGACAAUGGGGAGGUUGUUGUAACAAUGUACCGCCAAACAGAUGAUCGGAAAGUUUGGUACGAGUGGAUGGUUGAGGUCUACGCUCUUGAGCGGACAACUCCAACGGCAGCCUGGCUCGCUUCCCCGGUCAGUCCGGCUGGUCGCUCCGGGUCGCCAGGUACCGACACCCUGAAGGGCAAAGACCCAGUGGCGAGACCGCAAGGUAACGGGUCGAGUCAACCGGGCUUCCGCCGAGUACGUGUGGGUAUGAAAACAUGUCCUGCCGACACUGGGCUCUCCCAGUGGACGAUCACCACGGACUUCACAUCAGGAUCCUCGGCGUUCGACAAAUGGAACACCACGGGUGGAGCGGUCGAAAGCACUUCUCUGGGUGCCAAAUUCACGAUUUCGGAACAAGGUGAUGCUCCGACGAUUGAAAGUGACUUCUACAUUUUCUUUGGUCGAGUAGAGGUCAAGAUGAAGGCCGCCAACGGGACCGGCAUUAUCAGCACAGCCGUGAUGGAGUCGGACGACCUUGACGAGAUUGACUGGGAGCAAAUCAGUACAUACGACGCAUCGAUCCAAACGGACUACUUCGGCAAAGGUAACACGACACUUUACAAUCGCGCUACUACCGUUAACGUCACAAGUCCCGAGGAGCAAUUUCACAUCUACACCGUGGACUGGACCUCCAGCCGUAUCGAAUGGCUUUUGGAUGGCGAGGUCGUGCGCACAUUGGAGUAUGCCGAUGCCUUAAACGGGAACAAUUACCCCCAGACACCCAUGCGUGUCAAGAUCGGGAUUUGGGCCGGUGGUGAUCCCAGCAACGCCGAAGGAACCAUUACCUGGGCGGGUGGGGAGACUGAUUACACUACCGGCCCGUUCACCAUGUACGUUGAGUCCGUCAAAGUGAUCAACUACAAUCCAGCCUCGACCUACACCUAUUCCGACAAGACUGGCGCCUAUACCAGCAUCCAGACGAGUAACGGUACGACCUCGGCCAACAAAACACUCGGUUCGACUGCUGUCAAGGCGGUUUCUGCUUCCAACUCGUCCUCGUCAGAGUCGACUAGUAUCAGCUCUGCCCGGACUGUUGCUUCUUCUUCGUCCUCUUUACUUUCUACGGUGCCAAGCACUCGUGUCACUUCCUCGACUUCUACCUCUGUUGCUGCUCCCGUGUCUUCUUCAAGCUCAUCCGUUCCUAGUGUUUCGGCGGCGUAUUUGGUCUCACCACACUCUUAUGGGGUGGCAGUAUUGUUAACUGCGGUUACGGCCUUAUUGCGAUUCUGA